AUGCUUACCCAUAAUCCCGAGCCUCGUGAGCCCAUUGAGCGACCGUUCACUUGCGAUAUCUGCGGAAAAGCCUUUGCAAGAAAAAAACAAAUAGAAGUUCACGUGACUACUCACACCGCAGAUAGGAAGUUCAAGUGCGAUAUUUGUGGCAAAGGAUUUAUUAUACAAAGACUUUUAACUGAUCAUAUGAAUAUUCCCAGCGGUAAGCGUCCGCACAACUGCGACAUCUGCGAUAAAAAUUUCCUCACAAGAGCUUCGCUACGGUAUCACAAAUCGACACAUACGACAGAGCGUCCCUUCAAAUGCGACACUUGUGGAAAAGCAUUUUCCUUCAAGGAAAGCUUAAGGGCGCAUCUGAAAAUUCAUAGUAACGAACGUUUUCAUCGGUGCAGCAUUUGCGACAAAGGGUUCAUAAAAAAUGCCGAGCUCGUUAAUCACAUGCGUGGGCAUGUGCGAACAGUUCAUUGCGACGUAUGCGGAAAAAGUUUUGCAGAUGAUAAAAGUUUGAAAAAUCACUCACGGGUACAUACUGCCGACGAUAGAGACUACAAGUGUGGUAUCUGUGGAAAAAGCUUCCACACACAAACUUUGCUGCGGUAUCACGGUGCGGUACAUGCGACGGAACGUCCCUUCAAAUGUGAAAAGUGUGAAAAAGCAUUUCCCCUCGAGAUGGCGCUCAAGCGACACAUGAAAUAUCACACCGAAGAACGACCGUUUCCGUGCAGUAUUUGCAGUAAAGCAUUCAAAAAUAAUGGCGAUUGCGUCAAACACAUGCGCUGUCAUACUGACGAACGUCCACAUGAAUGCGAAAUUUGCGGUGCAGCUUUCCGAGAUGGUAGAGCUCUUAGAAGUCACAAGACGUGUCACUCAGAUGCCGCUGCUGCUAAACUUUUCGAAUGUGCUGUAUGCGGAGCAAAGUUCGGUGUGAAACGAAGCCUCACCCACCACAGUAAGGUUCACUUGAAGUGA